AUGGUGUACCCUGUUGGCCUUCAGAUCCGCUCUCACGACAACCGCCAGGUGGUGGCGUGCAAGAGCACUUGCUCUGCUUUCAACUCUCCGAGGUAUUGCUGCAUCGGCAGCUUCGGCAGCCCUCAGUCGUGCAAACCGACGGCGUACUCCAAGAUCUUCAAGGCGGCGUGCCCCAAGGCUUACUCAUACGCUUAUGACGACCCCACCAGCAUCGCCACCUGCACUCGCAGGAACUUCUUGUUGCAGUACAUGAUUCCUUCUACUCAUUCCUCUCAGCACACAUCACACAGACAGAAAGCAGAAACAAGAGAGGCCAAAAAUCCAAACUUAUUAACAAGAGGGGAUCACAUGCGGCCAAGAACACCGCAGCAAGUAAUCCUCAAAAGGUAA